AUGACACACAUUGACGUUCACUCCCUCACCCAGCCGGUGGGCAUCCUGCGGUUGAUGGCCAUCGUCCUAACCUGUAUGACUUUUAGCCUGGUGGCAUCAGUGGGGCUCGUCGAUUCUACGUACUGGGAAUGGUGCAUGUUCACCUGGUGCUUCUGCUUCUUCUUCACCCUCCUCAUCGUCAUUUUGGAGUUCACCACCUUCAGCACCAAGUUACCCUUUGCCUGGGAUGACUUCACCACCGGCUUCGCAAUGCUGGCGAGCCUCAUGUGCCUGGCCGCCGCAGUCAUUUACCCCAUUUUUUUCACCUGCCGUGUAUGUCACCGGCAGAUCGGUGCCUCUGUGGUAGCGUGGGUGUGCUCCGGGGUGUACGUUGGCGAGGUGACUCUGACUCGGCUUCGUCCGAGUGGGGAAAUCCGUGGCUUCCUCUCCACAUUGCCUGGUUUGUUGAAAAUGCUGGAGAUUUUCCUGGCCUGUCUUAUCUUCACGUCUCUGGAGAGCAGCCAGUACUCAGGCACCCCUGGACUGCAGUGGUGUGUGGCCGUGUACUCCUUGUGCUUCAUCUUGGCCAUGCUUAUCAUCCUGCUCACUGUCGGACAGCUGACCUCGCGGUUACCGUUCUUUGACAAGAUGGUGGUCGUGUAUGACGUUUUAGCAGCGGUGAUGUACAUGACAGCUAUGGUGAUCUGGCCUCUUUAUAGCUUCCCAAACAACGCAAGACCCCCGAACUGUGGUUUCUUGUGUUCAUGGGAUAAACUGGUGAUGGUCAUCUUCAUGACUAUCCUCAACUUCUGUGUUUACACCCUGGACUGCGUCUACUCCAUCAAAAAUGUGCUUUUUACUCAA